CUCCCUCAGAUAGGCAGCGCAGACGUGGGCAGAGUGUGGGGGUAUAGGAAGAGGAGAGAGCGGGAGGAUAGGUAGUAGUGUGUGUGAGGCUGUCAGACAGCAUGGUCUGGGUCUGAGGACAGCACUGGAAGACACAUCAGCAGCCUCCAGAUCUCCAUGUAGACCAGUGUGGUGACAUCCACAGAUCACCCGGACCUGUCCACCCAUCAGCACCUUCCCAGGACAACACCCGCCUCUUCCAGAGAAGCAAGAGGAGGAAGGGGACGACGAGGGGGGUGGGUCUGUUCAUCUUCUUUUUUUUUCUUUUCUCAGUUUUUUGGUUUUGGGAGUAGGCUCCGGGCUGGACCGCAUGCAUGACACAACGCAAAGGCGAGAAACCCACCAUCAGCAUCCAGGAGCACAUGGCCAUUGACGUGUGCCCUGGCCCCAUCCAGCCCAUCAAGCAGAUCUCUGACUACUUCCCCCGUUACCCACGGGGCCUCCCCCCUGUCGCGCCCCACCAAGUGGGCCACUCUGGGCCCCUGUGUGCUGCCCUCCCAACCACCCCGGCUGCCGCCGCCUCCACCACCGCCGCUGCCGAAAGUGACCGCCCCAAUGAGGAUAAACCAGACCGGGCUUGUGCAGGAGCCUCCGCCUCCUUACAGGCCACCAAGAGGGAUGAGGAGCCAGAUGUGGAGGGAUACGACUCAGAUGACUCCACUACAUUGGGGACCUUGGAAUUCAGUUUGCAGUAUGACCAGGAGAACAAUGCACUGCACUGCACCAUUAACAAAGCCAAGGGUCUCAAGCCGAUGGACCACAAUGGGCUUUCCGACCCCUAUGUCAAAUUGCACCUACUGCCAGGAGCCAGCAAGGCCAAUAAACUUAGAACCAAGACCCUGCGCAACACACUCAACCCUGUAUGGAGCGAGACCUUGACCUACUACGGCAUCACUGACGAGGAUAUGGUCCGCAAAACACUCAGGAUUUCAGUGUGUGAUGAGGACAAAUUCCGCCACAACGAGUUCAUCGGGGAAACGCGAAUCCCCCUCAAGAAGCUGAAGCCCAACCAAAUCAAAAACUUCAACAACUGCCUGGAGAAACAGUUACCUGUCAACAAGACAGAAGAUAAGUCCCUGGAGGAGCGAGGACGCAUCAUGAUUUCUCUUAAGUACAACACCCAGAAGUCUUGCCUGGUAGUGGGCAUCAUCCGCUGCGCUCACCUUGCCGCCAUGGACGCCAAUGGCUUCUCCGACCCCUAUGUUAAAACGUACCUGAAGCCUGAUGAGAACAAAAAGUCAAAGCACAAGACUGCUGUGAAAAAGAAGACUCUCAAUCCCGAGUUCAACGAGGAGUUCUGUUAUGACAUAAAAUAUGCAGACCUCACCAAAAAGACCUUGGAGGUGACCGUGUGGGACUACGAUAUCGGAAAGUCUAAUGAUUUCAUAGGUGGUGUAUCUCUGGGUAUCAAUGCAAACGGAGAGAGGCUCAAACACUGGUUUGACUGCCUAAAAAACAAGGACAAGAAAAUUGAGCGUUGGCACACGUUGACCAAUGAAUUACCUGGUUCAUUAAAUGACUGAAGACCUACAUCUGUCGUCCAACCUGCUGGCCCUCGUCCCCUCCCUGGUUACACUAGAUAGGACCCCUGCCUUCAUUUUCCUAACUCCUCCUCCCAUCUCUUCUUCUCUGGAUUUUCCUCAUGUUUGCCCCAGUGACCUGUGACACCUCUUUGGGAAUAUAUUUCCUCUCAACAGGGCUCAUUUAAAAAUAUCCAAAACCUGUUUUCUUUCUGUUUUACAUGUACAAUAGGGGUUGCAUGGCUGCUCAUUUAUUUUUCAUUUUAAGAGCAAUUCAGUUCACAAAAUGAAUCACUGGGAUUGUAGCGCUGAUAAUAAUUCAGAUUUCUUGUAUGAUCAGUGAAUAUAUAAGGAGCAAAUGCUUUCUAUUUGAAGAGAUAUUUUACAGCAGCUAAAAUAAUUUUCCAAUGAUUGACCAGUCCCUGAAACAGCACAAACCUCCAUACUGUCAGCUUGGUGGUAAGAGUGAAGAAUCUAAGGAUGUAGCAAAAUGUCAUACUGUUGGAGUUAUGCAGAAAUAUUUAUGGAAUAAUUUCUUCUAAUUUAUUACAUAAACAGUAAUAGUUCUUAUCAAGUGAACAUCCCAUAAUCAGUAUUCUUGACUCUAAUAAAUCAUCCAGAUUUUGUUUUUGCCACAAUAACUGAAGAUAUUGCACUUUAAUAUGAUUGUAAAAGUGUUAGGUUGCCACGGUCCUGUCGUUCAUCCCCAGUCUAAGUGGCUCCAACACAACUGGCCAACUACAAGCUUGCAGCAGCUUGUUUUAGAAAUCUGGAGCGUUUAUCCUUUAGUUUGAGUCAUUUGUCUAGGUGAAAACAAUGUCACAGGACCACAGAACCUCCUUAGAAUACUGUACAAGUUAAGGCCUCUGCAUGCUUCAAACUAUCUGGAUUGUACAAUGAGACUGAUCUGAACAAAAACGCCAGUCGCUUUAGUAUGUUAUGCAUGUUAUGGUCAAGUGACAAAGACGUCUAGCAAAUAUGCUGUUUCUUUUAACCAUGACCACUUUUUGUGCCUAAACCAAACCAAACCAAACCUUAACCAUAGUGAUGUCAUAUCAAAAAAUCCACACUUCAAUCCGGGGUGAAAAGCCUUCCUGUCAAAACCUUCUCCUGGCUGCAUCGCACUGCCUGCCCAAUCCAUCUCCAAGAAAUCUGUGUCUUUUGCCUUUGUAGUCUCGACAUGAUGAAUCCUUUAAAAGGGGCACACGCUUUCACACUGUCUCUGUUUGAAGGCAUUUGUGGUGUUGGACAGUGCGUGGUAUUACAAAAAGUAGUUGUGAGAAGAGUGAAAUAAAAGAGAGCUUGAGAGAGGUUCAAAUGCUGCCCUGGGUAGGGUGUAUUGUUUCAGGUAUUGGUACAAGUACCUUGUUUGAAGCAUACUGAGGCCUUCACUCCUCUUCCCAGUGAACUGCGUGGCAGUUUGUUGUAAAGGGGAAAUUAACAUAAACAUACCAAUAACACAUAACAACCCCAAAAUCCAAGGCUUAGUGGAUAUUAGAAGACUGAUGUUGGUAGUUGAUGGACGUAAGUUCUGCUUAAAAGGAUUUUAGGACGACUGACGCUCAUUUGUAAGCUGGCAAUGUGACUAAAUUUCUGCCCAGUAAGCAGGCAGUUUGGUCAGUGUGAGCUAAAUGAAUGAGAUACAAAACUUCUCCUCAAAGCUACUUAUAGCAAGUAUUCACAUCACAAACACUAAUUCCCUGUGUGUCUCUGUUCAGACUAAUUAAUAUGAGACAAUGCUUGGUGUCAAAGCACUAUCUAUGACUACUGACAUGACUAAUCUAUAGAGCUGCCUAGUUGUGUGGUAAUCCUGAUGUCAAGGCUCCUCAAGUGUUCCAUCCAUUCAGUCAUGCUAUCCAGACUUCAGAAUUGCGUGUUUCUGAAUUUACAGUGCUAAAGCGAUGGGUAGUUAAAUAAAAUAUGCAUUUAGAAAUUCAAGUAAAAUCUGAGAUGAAUCAUGGGUACAAGGACACAAGUGAUUUUUACAGCGAAUGCUUUAAAGAACAGGGGUUCAGACUUUCUUUCAACGGCCGUGCAGCAAGUUGAACAAGUGCAGUAAGAGCAUAAUCGUGUAAUGGCUGCUUUGUGAUUAGUCAGGAGCUGAAGAGGGCUAUGGAUAUAAAAGUAGGUCUCAUGCACCUGAUGAUCUGUGGAUAAUUUCAGCACAGAGGUGAAAACAUUCACAAUUACUACACUGCGAUCACGUCACACAGCCUUGCUUCACUGUGUGGAAGGUAGAGAGCCUACUUGAUAGCGACCAUCUGUAAUCAGAAUGAACAGAACAGAAUGAAGUUAAGUGGGUGACCCACCGGGGGAAAAUAACUUGUCAAAUCACAAUACCACAUGAUUGGGCAGUACUAUGGCAUGUGUGUGUGCAGCUUACUGUUUACACUACAGAAAAUGACAGCAUUUUAGGCUGUAAUGUGGCUGAAAAUGUACCUGCUGUUUGUCAAAAGGGCCGAAUUUUCAAAAGGGAAAGUUUACGUCAAAUAUAUAAAAUAUAUAUAUAAAAUUAACAAAAGCAUGUAUUGUUUACAACAACCUAUUGAUGCUGAAGUUCAAGUUUGCUGCUGAAAGGGGUGAACACGCCCUUGCUUAAGUCGGUGCAAUUGUAGCUUUGCUAAAAUGGGCAGGGGUGAGAAGGGCAGAAUUUUUAAUAUACUAGCCGUGUAUGUAUAUUAUUACUAUGAUGUUGCAUCUGUUGAGGGUUUUUUUAUGUAAACAGCUCCAUUUUAAAUGUAUCAAACAGAAUGUACAUUUUUAACCCCUUCUAUUCCACAGUAAAUCCUCUAAGAAUGUGCAGCUUAGUGCUCUGUGUUGUUGAUAUUGUUCAUAUGUCAAAUCUUAAGCUCUGUAUUUGGGCACAGAUAUCUGGGAAUAGAGAUGGUUGAACUCACAGCCCAGGAGCAAAACACUCGGACUAUGUCACUCAACUCAUAUAUUAAGAUAACUAAAAGUUUACUUUGACUCCUUCUAGCCUGUUGAAUUAUUUAUGUUGGGGUUUUUUUGUUGUAUUUUUCUGUUGUUUUUUUUUUUUGGUUUGAUACCUCGAGUCCUUGCGCAGAACUGGAAAUGUUUCAGGACUGAAAACUCCCAACUUCAGUUGCCCUCAUGGAUCAGUAGGCUGGGAUGCAUGCCAUGUAUUUGUGAUUUUGACCAAGCAAUGAGUUUGACCUUUUCUGCAUGCCCCUGCACCCACCUUUCUUGUAAAUUUCCGUGCACUGACUGGUAACACAGAAACGGCAUACAAAUAGUCCUCACGUAAUGUUCAGGAAUCCUGUCAGGCUUGCAAUUCAGCUAACAGCUUUUUGUCAUUACCUCACGUCACUGUAAGUGAUAGGCCGGGCAUGUUUGUUUUUAGGAGCAUGUCAAUUCUGUCAGUGUGGCUGACUGGUUUAAUAACCACAUCAUUUUAACUCACUAAUUACAGCUGGUGGAAAGUGACAAACAGCCCUAACGUCCAUUUGUUAAAUUAUUUAACCUUCUUGACCAAUAGUUUUAUUGUUGAUGAUGUUAUUAGAACUAUUACAUUGCUUUCACACUACAAUCCAUCCAUUUUGAAGAAAAAUUGAUUUUGACUAAUGGUGUCACACCUUUUAAAGCCGGGGAAUGAAAUGUUUAAUGCAUUACAUCACCCCUCACAUUUCUUUAAAGUGUUAAGAGCCUCUUCAGCCACAUUGAUUUGUGAGGCACAAACUGGCUGUGAAACCUUGUUGGCAUCUCAAUAUACUCCUUGACACAACAGUGAUCCUGCUCUCUCUCUCCGAUGAAUAUGUAAUGAAUACAACCAACAUGUGAUUUUGAUUUUGUAAUCUGUCUGCCUUUGUAUGCAAGCUCAAUAUUAUGAAAAAAAAACUAAACUGCAUGCAGAUGUUCUUGGUUUUGUCAUGAGAUGACUUUGCCUAAUGUUUGAUACUGUUUUCUGUAUAAAAAAAAAACAAAAUACACGACUGUGGAUGCUCUAAGAUUAUGCUAUAAGUCAGUCUUUCUUCUGGACAACAUUUUGUACCUUUGAACACUAUCGCAUUGCCUGUUUGGCUGCUGUAUUUACUAUCUGGAAGCGUGACUUGAUGUGAAUUAAAAUCUCUCCUUUGUU